AUGUUCGAGCGCUCCCUCUCCGCCCUCAUCAAGGGCUUGCGCUCGCAUCGUGGCAAGGAUGAGCCCAAGUAUGUCGCGCAGGUCAUGGACGAGAUCCGCCACGAAGUGCGCUCCGGCGACCUCGAGGUCAAGGCCGAGGCGGUGCUCAAGCUCACUUACCUCCAGAUGCUCGGCUAUCCCUUCUCCGGCGCCAACUUCCACAUGCUCGAGACCAUGGCCUCGAGCAAGUACCACCACAAGCACAUCGGCUACCUCGCCGCAGCACAGUGUUUCUCCGCCGACACCGACGUGCUCAUCCUCUCCACCAACAUGAUCAAGAAGGACUUGCAAGGCUCGAACCCUCUCGACGUCGCUGUCGCCCUCAAUGGUCUCGCACACAUCGCGACGCCCGACCUCGCGCGCCAUCUGGGACCCGACGUGAUCAAGCUUCUCACACACAGCAAACCGAUGAUCAGGAAGAAGGCCAUCCUCGUCCUCUAUGCACUCAUCAUCAAGUCGCCUGACCUCCUCGAGACCGGCUGGGAUCGAUUGCGCGAGAAGCUCGACGACCCAGACCUCAGCGUCGUCUCUGCUGCGGUCAAUAUCAUCUGCGAGCUGGCGCGCCGCGAUCCGCGACCGUUCUUGCCCUUGUCGCCGCAACUCUUCCGCCUGCUCACCACCUCCACCAACAACUGGAUGCUCAUCAAGAUCAUCAAGCUCUUUGGCUCGCUCACCCCGCUCGAGCCGCGCCUGGUCAAGAAGCUCGUACCGCCAAUAUCCACCAUCAUCUCCACCACCCCCGCCAUGAGCCUCCUCUACGAGUGCAUCCACACCAUCAUCAUCGGCGGCAUGCUCACACAGCCCGGCGGCGACGACCUCGCAGAGAUCUGCGUCGAGAAACUUGCCGCCUUCCUCACUGACUCGGACCAGAACCUCAAGUACAUCGCUCUGCUUGCUCUGGUCAAGAUCCUGCCAAGCCAUCCGCAUUUGGUCGCACAGCACCAGGACGUCAUCUUUGAGUCGAUCGAGGAUCCGGAUCUUUCCAUCCGUCUGCGUGCCCUCGAGCUCGUUUCCGGCAUGGCCGUCAGUCGCAACCUCGAAAGUAUCGUCGGACAGCUACUCUCGCAUCUCACGCCGCCCUCUCCGGCCAACGCCUCGGCCGCCGCCGACGCAACGGGUGCUGCUGCUGCUGCGCUCAGAGCGAGUCUCGCCAGCGGCGGGGCAGCAACGGAUGCAGACCCUACCUCUAGCUCGCUCGCUGCCAUCACGUCGGCCUACAAUCCGACGCUGUCGCCCUCGUAUCGCCUCGAGAUCGUGCAGCGCAUCCUCGCGCUCGGCAGCUACGACACGUAUGCCAACGUCGUCGACUUCUCGUGGUACAUCGACACGCUCCUGCACCUCGCCACCGUGCCCAACCUUCCCGACGGCAACGAUGUCGGCGCGCGCAUCCGCGACCAGCUCAUCGACGUGACCGCGAGGGUGCGCGCCAUCCGUCCGCACGCCACGCGCGUCAUGGCGGCCCUGCUGCGAGACGGGCGACUGCUUCCGUCAUCUGACUGGUCCGCUGCAUCGGCAGUGCGAAAGCAUGCAGCAUCCAGCACAGCAGGCACGGGCGAUGACAUGCGCGAGACCCGCAAGGUGCUUCAUGCAGCAGCGUGGAUUCUGGGCGACACCAUCCCUCUGCUGCUCACGCCGGCGCUGUACGACGCCUCUGUCUGCGACGCCUCCACGUCGGCGGCGUGCGUUCAUGGUGCAGUCAAGAUAUUCGCCUUCUGGGCCUCGUCCAUCUCCUCGCGCUGGGCAGACGACGGCAGAAAACCGCAGGUCGACUUUGACGACAUCGCCGUCGUCACCAAGCAGGUCGUGGCGCGCUUGGAGGCGGUGCAGACCAUGACCGUGGACGCCGAGGUGCAGGAACGCACCGUCGAGUACCGCCAGCUCUUUCGCCUUAUCGAAAAGGACCUCGAGGCCCAUGCACUCACUUCGGCUGGGGCCGACAAGGCCGCAGAGGCAGAGGAUCUUGUGUCCGAAGAAAAGCCGCAAGUCGCACACCCGCCGCGCAGUCUCGAUCUUUUGUCGCCGCUGUUCUUCAAUCAUGCGCUCGGACCGCUUGGAGCCAAUGCACAGGCGCGAGUCGCUGCGCCUUUCGAUGUGGACCUGUACGCGUGGAUCGUCAAUCCGGACGCCUACGUCGUUCUGGACGGCAUCGACCUGGCUGCGCAUGCGGACUUUGACGAGGAGCCCACACCCGAGGCUUCAGCAGCUCCGGAACCGGCCAAGCCGUCGGCCAAGGAGUCCAAGGCGCAGCGCGAGGCCCGACUGCAGCGGCAGCGAGACGACCCCUUCUACAUUGUCGAUUCCGCGCGCCAGCCCUCCACAGCUGCUGGCAAGGGCGGUGAGAGGAACGAUGAUAUGGAUGACAUCCCGAUCGUGCGCCUCGACAGUCUGAUGGACGCGGCGCCCGCACCGGCCAAGCUGCAGCCGCGCGUGCUCGAGGCAGAGGAGAUGCCCGCCGACGUGCCUAAGCCCAAGCCCAAGCCCAAGCCCAAGAAAAAGGCUGCCAAAUCCGCAGCGGCCCCGGCAGACGCAGCGGACGACGACGGCGCUGCGACUCCAACCAAGGUAGUGCGCGUGAAGAAGAAGAAGGCAGCCAGCAAACCCACGGCGUCCCAGGUUACCAUUGACUAG